UUGUUGGGUUAUUCAAUUUCAGGUAAAUUAACCAAAAGUCACUUUUUCUGUGUUUAAUCUCAGAAUUUUCAGUUUCAAUUCACCCGAAAUUUAUAUUUUUAACUGUAUUUAAAUCGUCAUGACAAUUGUGAAGAUCAGGAAAAGUUCCGGGUGAGGCUCUGAGGAGAGAGGAAAAGAGAGUGAGUAAGAAAGAAGAGAGCAGAAGGUUAGACAUCUCACUUAACUUGAGUUUAUUCUGUUUGUCUACAUCUUUUUUUAUUAACCUAAACUAUAAUAUGAAGCGCCAAUUAAUAGAUCAUCAACUUUAAAUUCAUCAUUCCCUUCAUCAUUUUACAUUAUUCUAGUGUUCAUCCUUUUAACAUUAAUUCAACCAAACAAGAAUACGAUUCAAUGAUAAAUUAUCAGGCGUGACCAUCAAAUUGAUUAAAUUUUGUGAAUUUUAACUUGUUUUUCAUUGUGUCUGCUUAUAGUUGGUUUAAAUAAAGAUGACUACCGACAUAUCGGUUGGUCCUCGAUGGGACCCGGUGACCCAACAAGAGAUCCUUAUGGACGAUUAUGAAUAUGAUGGGGGAAACUCUUCAUCCAGAUUGUUUGAGAGGUCAAGAAUUAAAGCUUUAGCUGAUGAAAGAGAAUCGGUUCAGAAAAAGACCUUCACUAAAUGGGUCAACUCACACCUAGUUCGAGCUAACUGCCGCAUCAAUGAUCUAUAUGUUGAUUUACGUGAUGGUAAAAUGUUACUCAAACUUCUGGAAAUACUGUCUGGUGAACGUUUACCUAAACCAACUAAGGGUAAAAUGAGGAUACAUUGUUUAGAAAAUGUUGACAAAGCGUUGCAAUUUCUUUUACGAGAACAACGAGUUCAUCUGGAAAAUAUGGGGUCUCAUGAUGUUGUUGAUGGUAAUCCAAGGUUAACUCUUGGUUUAAUUUGGACUAUUAUUUUACGAUUCCAAAUUCAAGAUAUCAUGGUUGAAGAAGUUGACAACCAAGAAACAAAAUCUGCCAAAGAUGCACUUCUUUUGUGGUGUCAAAUGAAAACUGCCGGCUAUCAUAGUGUCAAUGUGCGAAACUUUACAACUUCAUGGAGGGACGGAUUAGCCUUCAAUGCUCUCAUCCACAAACACAGACCUGAUCUCAUCCAAUAUGAUAAAUUAAGCAAAGCCAAUCCUAUCCACAAUCUCAACAAUGCAUUCAAUGUUGCCGAGAAAGAGCUUGGUUUAAUGAGACUACUUGACCCUGAAGAUGUUUGUACCGACAAUCCUGACGAGAAAUCCAUUAUAACUUACGUUGUAACUUACUACCAUUACUUCUCCAAGAUGAAGCAAGAAACAGUGCAAGGUCGAAGAAUUGCCAAAGUAGUCGGUGAAGCUAUGGAAACUGACAGAAUGGUCGAUGAUUAUGAAAAAUUGACUUCUGACCUUUUGAAAUGGAUUGAACAAACCAUUGAUACUCUUGGGGAUCGUCAAUUCACCAACAGUUUACAAGGGGUGCAACAACAACUUCUUCAAUUCAAUAACUACCGAACUGUGGAGAAACCUCAAAAAUUCGAAGAAAAAAGUAAUCUUGAAAUGCUGCUAUUCUCCCUAAAAUCCAAGAUGAGAGCAAAUAAUCAAAAAGCUUACACACCAAAGGAAGGUAGAAUGAUUUCAGAUGUCAAUAAAGCUUGGGAGCGGCUAGAAAAGGCUGAACAUGAAAGAGAAUUGGCAUUAAGAGAAGAACUUAUCCGUCAAGAAAAGCUUGAGCAACUUGCUGCCCGAUUUGACCGUAAAGCUGGUAUGAGAGAGACAUGGUUGAGUGAAAAUCAAAGAUUGGUUUCUCAAGACAACUUUGGCUACGACCUUCCGGCUGUUGAAGCGGCUGCUAAAAAGCAUGAAGCUAUUGAAACAGAUAUCUUUGCUUAUGAAGAAAGGGUUCAAGCAGUUGUUGCUGUGGCUCAAGAAUUAGAAGCUGAGAACUAUCAUGACAUCAAUCGCAUUAAUGCCAGAAAAGAUAAUGUAUUGCGUCUAUGGAAUUAUCUUCUUGAGUUAUUGAAAAAUCGCAGAACGCGUCUUGAAAAUGCUCUUUCUCUUCAACAAACUCUUCAAGAAAUGUCUUACAUCGAAGAUGACAUGAAAGCUCUUAAGAGUCGCUUCGAAUCAUCUGAUUAUGGCAAACAUCUCAUGGGCGUUGUUGACCUACUCCAAAAGCAUAGCUUAUUGGAAGCUGAUAUCCAUGUAAUUGGUGAUCGUGUUGGUGGAACAACUGCACAAGCCAAGCGGUUUAUUGAAAACUUCGAAGUGACAGGCUAUAGACCCAUGGAACCCGAAGCUAUUCACCAUCGCAUUAAAAAACUGGAAUCUUCUUAUGCUGAGUUGGUUGCUUUAGCAGAUCAACGUAAGAAUCGUCUUGAAGAGUCUAAGAAACUUUGGCAGUUCUAUUGGGACAUGGCUGAAGAAGAAGCAUGGAUCAAGGAGAAAGAACAAAUUCUUUCUUCCGCAGAAAUUGGUCACGAUUUAACAACAGUGCAUCUUUUAAUAAGCAAGAAUAAAGCCCUUGAAGAUGAAUUAGGUGCACAUGAACAUCAACUUCUCAAUGUUAUUCGUGCUGGAGAAGAUCUAAUUCAAGCAGGACAUUUCGGUGCUGAAGAGAUUAGUCAGCGAAUCAAAGAGAUUGAAGAAAUGUGGGACAAAUUGAAGGAGUUACAAGCUUUAAGGACAACUCGUCUUACUGAGGCUAUUGAAUAUCAUCAAUUCUUCACUGAUGCUGAUGAUGUUGAUGCUUACAUGCAAGAUUCAUUCAAAUUGAUCUCCAGUGAAGAUGUCGGUUUUGAUGAACCUCACGCACAAGCUCUAUCCAAGAAACAUAAUGAGGCAACUGAAGAGCUCAAGAAACAUGAAGCUGUUAUUGAAAGUCUCAAAGACCAAGCCCGUAAUUUGGGUAUUGCUGAUAGAGAUGCACCCGAAGUCUUGGAAAGAUUGGCUACAAUUGAUGCCCGUCACAAGGAACUUAAUGAACUUUCUAAAAAGAGAAAGUCUCGACUCAAUGAUGCUAUCUCCUUAUUUAAAUUAUUCACUGAAGCUGAUGGUGUUGAACAAUGGAUCGCUGAGAAAGAGAAGAUGCUCGACUCUAUGAGCUUGAAUCGUGAUAUGGAAGACAUUGAAGUAAUGAAACAUCGGUUUGAAACUUUCGACCAAGAAAUGAAUGCAAAUGCUUCUAAAGUUGCUGCCGUCAAUCAGAUUGCUCGACAACUAUUAACUGUUGAACAUCCUGAUUCAGAGAAGAUUGUAUCUCGGCAAAAUCAGCUUAACCAAAGAUGGGCUGAACUUCGAGAUAAGGCUGAAAAGAAGAGAGAAGAAAUCGAUUCUGCUCAUGGAGUUCAAACAUAUCACAUUGAAUGCCGAGAGACAAUUACCUGGAUCGAAGAAAAGACAAAACUUCUUCAAGCAACAGAAGAGCUUGGUGAUGAUUUAACUGGUAUAAUGACCUUACAGAGACGUUUAAGUGGUAUGGAAAGAGAUCUUGCUGCUAUUGAAGAUAAACUGAAUACCUUAGAGCAAGAAUCUGAAAAGAUUCGCGCUGAUCACCCUGAAGAAGUCCCAUUAAUUGAAGAAAGAACAGCACAAAUUCGAUCUGUCUGGGAUAAAUUGACGCAAGUAUUGAAAGCUAAAGAAACUAAAUUAGAAGAGGCAGGUGACCUACAUCGUUUCUUAAGAGAUCUUGAUCACUUCCAAGCUUGGCUUACUAAAACUCAAACUGACGUUGCCUCUGAAGAUACUCCAACCAGUCUUGCUGAAGCAGAGAAAUUAUUGAACCAACAUAAGCAAAUUAAGGAUGAAAUAGACAAUUACACCGAAGAUUACAAUAGUAUGAUGGAAUACGGAGAGAAAGUUACUCAAGGACAAACUGAUCCACAGUACAUGUUCCUCAGAGAGAGAUUGAGAGCCUUGAAAAAUGGAUGGGAGGAGCUCCAUCAAAUGUGGGAGAAUCGACAGCACUUCCUGUCACAAAAUCUCAAUUUGCAAGUGUUCUAUCGUGACGCAAAACAAGCAGAAGUAUUGCUUAGUCAACAAGAAAACUAUCUUUCUAAAGAUGAAACUCCAACUAGUCUUGAGCAAGCAGAAGAACUCUGUAAGAGACAUGAUGCAUUUGAGACAACCAUGGAAGCCAAUGAUGAAAAAAUUAAUGCUGUCAUCAACUUCGCACACACUCUCUGUGAAGAGGGAAUCAUUAGUGCUGACAAAGUUCGUAGAAAGGCAGACGAUAUUGCAGCUAGGCGUGAUGCUAAUAGAAGAAGAUCCGAAGAGUACGCUGAAAAACUCAAAGAUCAACUUCGAACACAACAGUUCCUACAAAAUGUUGAGCAGCUUCAAGAUUGGAUACAAGAGAAAUACAUUAUUGCCCAGGACGAAACCUACCGAAGUGCUAAAACAAUUCACAGUAAAUGGACUCGACAUCAAGCUUUCGAGGCUGAAAUUGCUUCUAAUAAAGAUAGACUUGAUGAUGUAAUGCAGGCAGGACAAGAAUUUGUUAAAGAAAAGCCUGAACUUAUUAAUGUGAUACAACCCAAACUUGAUGAAUUAAAUAAUUCAUUCGAUGCUCUUGAAACAACAACCAAAGAAAAAGGCUCUCGCUUGUUUGAAGGCAAAAAAGAAGAGCUUUGUGUUCAUGCUUACGAUGAGCUCGAUGAAUGGAUGAGAUCACUCGAAAGUCAAGUCAUGCAACCUGAAACUGGUCAAGAUUUAACAACCGUUAACCACUUCCUUCAAAAGCAGCAAAAUAUUGAACAACAAAUUGAAACUAAAUCUAAGCAGCUAAAUGAAUUAGAAGCUAUUGCUAGCAAGCUUGAAAAAAUUGACCCAGCUAAGAAAGAAGUUAUUCAAGCCAAAAAAGCUGUGGUCGUCGAAAAAUUCCAGAAAUUACAAGCUCCUUUGGGAGAAAAGAAAAAGGAACUCAUGAAAAAGAAAGAAGCGUUCCAAUUCCGAAGAGAUGUGGAGGAUGAAAAACUAUGGGUUAAAGAGAAAGAACCUCUUGCCACUUCAACUGACUAUGGUAACACCUUAUUCAGUGUUCAAUUGCUAAUCAAAAAGAAUCAAUCACUCAGAACUGAAAUUGACAAUCAUGAACCAAGAAUAAUGAACAUUUGUGACAAUGGACGAAAGCUCAUCAAAGACGGUCAUGCAGAUUCAGCUGAGUUUGAAACAUUAAUUGACGAAUUACUUGCCCAUUGGGAUGAUCUUAAGAAAAAGAUGGAUCAUCGUCGAAGUAAAUUACUUGAGUCUGAAAGAGCACAGCAAUAUUACUUCGAUGCAUCUGAAGCGGAGGCUUGGAUGAGUGAACAAGAAUUAUACAUGAUGGUUGAAGAUAGAGGAAAAGAUGAACCAAGUGUACAGAAUUUAAUGAAAAAACAUGAGAGUUUGGAAAAUGCUGUUGAAGAUUACGCUGCUACAGUGCGACAAUUAGGUGAAACAGCCAGGCAGCUUGUUGCUGAGGGUCAUCCUCAAGCUGAUCAAAUUGCAGUUAGACAAUCUCAAGUUGAUAAAUUAUACGCCGGUCUUAAAGAUUUAGCCAAUGAACGACGAUCCAAGUUGAAUGAAGCUUUAUCAUUGUACUCUCUUAGUCGAGAGUUUGAUGAUGUAAUGCUCUGGAUACAAGAAAGAGAAGUCAUUGCUGGAUCACACGAAUUGGGACAAGAUUACGACCUUGUUACAACACUUCGUGAACGAUUUAAGGUAUUUGCUCGUGAUACUGAGUCACUUGGUAAAGAACGAGUAUCAAAUGUUAACAGUGCAGCUGAUUCUUUAAUAAAUGCUGGCCACUCAGAUUCAGCACAGAUCGCUGAAUGGAAGGACUGUUUGAAUGAAGCCUGGGAUGAUCUUCAAGAGUUGAUCAAGACUCGGGACAUGUUACUGGCAGCUUCUUGGGAGAAAUUUAAAUUCUUUAAUGAUUGUAAAGAUGUUUUGGCUCGAAUCCAUGAAAAGUAUAAUUCUAUGUCAGAUGAAUUGGGACGAGAUGCCCAAUCUGUUUCUAAUCUUCAAAGGAAACAUGUUAACUUCGAAAAAGAUCUACAAACCUUACGAUUGGCUGUACAGGGUAUUCAAGAUGAAUCAAAUAAAUUACAAGCUUCUUAUGCUGGUGACCAAGCACAGGACAUUGUUGACAGGGAAAGGGAAGUAGUCAAUUCAUGGUACAAGCUAUUAAGCAACUGUGAAGCUCGUAAACAGAAACUUGCCGACACAGGUGAUCUCUUUAAAUUCUUUAACAUGGUCCGUGAUCUUAUAGCCUGGAUGGAUGACGUUGUACGACAAAUGAAUACCUCAGAGAAACCAAGAGAUGUUUCUGGAGUUGAAUUACUUAUGAAUAACCACCAAAGUUUAAAAGCAGAGAUAGAUGCUAGAGAAGAUAAUUUCGGUACUUGUAUGAAUUUGGGUAAAGAAUUAUUAGAACGCAAUCAUUAUGCCUCUGAAGAAAUUCGAGACAAAAUAUUUACCUUAACCAACCAAAGAGGUUCCAUGAUGCAAAGAUGGGAAGAAAGAUGGGAUCAUUUGCAGCUUAUUUUAGAAGUGUAUCAAUUCGCUCGUGAUGCGGCUGUUGCUGAGGCCUGGUUAAUCGCACAAGAGCCUUACUUGUUAAGUCGUGAACUUGGACAUACAAUUGAUGAAGUUGAACAGUUACUCAAGAAACAUGAAGCAUUUGAAAAAUCAGCAGCUGCUCAAGAAGAGAGAUUUGCUGCUCUUGUAAGACUGACUACGCUUGAGCUUAGAGCUCAAGAAGCAGUUUUAAUUAAUUUGGAGGAAAAAACUCAAGCCUACUCCGAGCUUGACGAUCAUAUGAGAAGAUCUGGUUUCUAUAAUGAUUUUGAAAUGCGUGAGCUAAGACGAAGGGAAGAAGAAGAGUUGGAAGAACGUAGGAGGCAAGAAGAAAUGGCGAAAUUGAUAGCACAGAAAACGCCUUCACCGGAUGAACCACCAUCUGAUCGACUCGAUGGAGAAGGUGAUGUUUCCGAACGAAGUGCUGGACCACUCUCUGAAGCCUUAUCCGAACUCGAACCCAAAGUGCAUGCUCCGGAACUCGUGAGAGAACUGAGCCAACCUAUGGCUCGACGGCAAUCAAGUUCAUCACCUAUCUCUAUUCAAGAACAACCAGCCUUUAAAUCUGAAACAUUACCCAAGACCGGGGCAUCCUCUUCUUCGGCUUCCCCCGCGAAGUCGAAAUUCAAGAGGUCAUCUUACCGGUCUAAGUCACCUUUCAGCAGUUGGAGAAGAAAACGUAAAUCUUCAUUUGAUGAAGACUUGGAACGUGCUGGAACAGCGGCUGGCACAAGUGAUGAAGAUAUUGUUCUUGAAAAUAUCCUCAAUCGAAAACAUGUUUGGGAAUCAACAACAAAACGAGCCUCCAAUAGAUCCUGGGAAAAAGGAAUCUAUGCGGUACUUAGAGGCUCAUCUUUGUGUGUCUUCAAGGACCAAAAGCAUUUCAAACAAGAACCUGAUAGAUAUCUUCGAAACGAAAAGCCUAUAGAUCUCAAGCUAUCAGUUGCUGAAAUUCCUGCAGAUUACACUAAACGAAAGAACGUCUUUAGGUUAAAAUUACCAGAUGGUGGAGAAUAUCUUUUUGAAGCUGCCAAUUCUGAGGACUUGAAUUCUUGGAUCAACAAGAUUAAUCAAUGUGCUCGGGAACAGCAAACUUCUCCUGGUCCCUCUCGAUCACAAACUUUACCAGCGUCAGCGCCAAAAGAUGAACCCAAGAAAAGAGGAUUCUUCACUUUAAUCAAGAAAACAUAAUAGAAAUAGCCUUUAAACUGAGGGCAAGGGUUUUUUAAUUGGUUCAAAAGACGAGUCAAGAGAAAUGCUAACUUUACGAUUAGUUGGGCAAUAUUAUUGAUAGCUCAUAUAUUCAUCUUUCUUUUUCUAAAAUUAAGUCGACUCUACGCUUGUCAUUUUUCCUGCCUUUAAAAAAUAUAUAUUUAACAUUGAUCGUCUGUUUUGGAAAGAAGAUGAUUAAGAAAAUGAGAUGAGAUGAAGAGAAAAAGAAAUGGGUCAAAAAGGAUUUGUGAAAGAUGAUCCUAUGACCAUAAGGGAUUGGAAUUGAUUUGAAUAGAAUGAAAUACAAUUUCAAAAAUAAAUUGAAAUCAAUUAAUUUGUCGAAUCAAGCAGCUAAAGAGACCAUUAACUAAAGCCAAUUCUCUUUGAACAUUUAAACAUAAAAGCAUACAUACAAACUUACAUUCACUUUCACAUUCAUAUACAAAAACGCUUCAUGUCACCACCUUUUCAUCGCCCAUUUAAACAAGCACCAAAUCGAAAGUUGAUUAAAAACUUUAUUUCCUCUUCUCCCAUCGACAUCAAUAUGGAUUAUUUACCCAUUUGAAACCGGAGUAACACCAUUUUUUAAAAAGUGGAAAACAUCCUUCAGUGAUGUUCAACUCAACUUUCAACCAAGACUAGGACUCUACCAAAUGAAUCACUUUAUUCGCAAUACACUUUUUUCUUGGCCACUUCUUUUUCUCUGUCUCUUCCUCACACUAUCUAUCCCUCCAUUGAAACAACUAUCCUGACCAAACCCAGAAAUUUGCAGAUAGUUCAUUGCUAACUUAAGGACAAAAAGCUCUUUUAUUCCAUGACAAGUCUAAUUGUAAUGAUAAAUUUGAUCCUUUCCCCUCAACCCCAACCUUCCUAAAUCCUUUCUCACUGACACUGAGGAAACUAAAAUAAUAUUAUCCCUCUAUUAGAAGUCAAAAGUUAUUAAAUAAAAUAUAUGCACUUCAAA